CACAGCCGAUGAACCUCUGCAAGAGGCGGUGCAAACCAAAGCGAAAGUACUGAUGUGAAAGAAUCCUAGAAUCCUUUGGAAUGGAGUAAUAUCACUAGCAAAGAUUUGAAUGAAAUUCCAUACAGGUGAAGAAAUCAGUGAAGAGUGGUUUGAUGCUACAGAGAACCCAACAACACUUGAGUCAUCAGUUUUGUGUGCCAACCCUCUAGAGAGGUCUCCAACAGAAACACAGACAAUAGAAGGGAGGAAAAAAGACUUAAAAAACAAUUAUUUUGUCCAUGUUGAUGGUCUGAAUCCUUCAGUAUCAGAAGUUGACCUUUGGCUUCAUUUCCAGAAGUAUAAUGUUUCUGAGAUUUUGGUUUGUGAGUAUUCUGAAAAUUACAGGUAUGCAUCUCUUACUUUUAAAACAGCCUGUGAUGCAAAGCUGGCUGUACAAGAAAUGAAUGGGAGAGAAAUAAAAGGAAAAGCAAUGAAAGUUCAUCUUAAAAGGACAAUUAAGGAAAAAGGAAUCCAAGAGAAUCAAAACUCCAUGAAACAAAAGUGUGAAAAUCAAGGGCCACUUUCUAAAAUGAGAAACAAAUAUCAGAAAAACUCUGAACUGAUUUUGAGAGUUCCUGCUCUAAUCUCAGCUACAUUCAUACUGCCUCCAGAUGAUCCUUUCACUUUAAAAAUGUCUGAUGUCUCCAAAGAUGAUUUGAAGUCACCGUUGCCUGCUUUGCCAUUGGCAAAUGUUUUCAGACCUGCAUCAGGUUCUUCAGAAGUGCUCCUUUGUGCUUCAGGCUCUUCCAAAGUGCCCAAUUCUGACAUAUUUUCUAAAUCUUCACCAAAAAACCCAUCCUUUGAAGUAGAUCAAGAGCUUUCCACAAGUCAGUGGGGAAGCCAGCCGGAAGUCUAAACUUGAUUGGGACUGCUAUUGCUCUCUGCCAUUUUCUCACAAGCAAAUAGAAACUAGAUAACCGAGCAAAGUCAGUGAGGAAGUCAGCAAGAAGUUGCAAGUACAAGGUCAACAGGCAGGUAAGUAGUUGCUGCCAGGUGGGAGCGGAAACAAAGGUGAGAGGUGCAGCAAGGGUUAGGGAGGAUGUGGGAUUAUGAGAGCCACAGGGAGGGGAUAUAAGAGUGCAGUGUGGAUCAGGGAGGGUGUAUAGGGUGUCAGGGUUCCGAGAAACACCCCCAACAAAAUAAAGCUCUGAGGCCUGAGGUUCCUCAAAGUUCCAAUUUAUUAGAGAUGUCAUGUUGGCACAUCUGGGAAAACCCAAAUCUGAAACUUCCAGGUUUUCCCCACCCAGCGAAGAGUUCACAGCCCUGCCCCACACCCACAAGUUCAUCACAUUGUCCAAUCAACUCUUCACACUCCACCGGAUACAAUCUUCAGUCAGUCUCCAUUAGAUGCAGGCAAAAGUCCUUGAGUACGGAAUGUUGUUAUGACUAACUUUCUCCCCCCUCCCAACUUCCCCAGCUAAAAUAUGUGGCAGUUUAGAAGCAAAAAGAAAAUUGUCUUCCAAAACUGACAGGCUUCCUCCCCUCAGGAAGGGAACGCAUCCUGGGACAAGACUGAAGUCAGGGUUUUACACAAUUAGCACAUUAACCACCUCUCCUCCCCCCCCCAGGAAAACCCUUAGGCUUAUCAGGGAAUUUAUCAUGAAAUUGCCUAACUAAGGUGACUGCCUGAACAUCCCAACUCUUCACCCACGUGGCUUCAGACAAGGGGUACCCCUUCCAAUGAACCAAAUAUUGCAAACGCCCCUCUGCAAUCUAGAGUCCAAAAUCAUCUUCACCUCAUAAUGAGUCUCACCCUGCACCACAAUCGGCUUUGGGGGAGCAGCAGGUUGAGUCUCAAUUUAGAUCCCACAGCAGGCUUUAACAGGCUGCAAUGGAAAACAGGAUGAAUUUUUCCCAGUAUGUGGGGGAGAUUUAACUAUACAGUCACUGGGUUAAUCACUUUCACUAUGGGGAAGGGACCUAAAUAUUUCGGUCCUAACUUCUUACUCUUCAACCUCAAACGUAAGUAUUUGGUGGAAAGAUACAUGUGAUCUCCCACCCAAAAGGGGGUUUGGAGAGAUCGGUGUUUGUCUGCUUGCUUUUUGUAUGCUUCAGCUGCUUCAUUCAGGGCUUUUUUGGUAUUCUCCCAGCCUUUCUUUAAUGACUCCAUCCAUCCAUUCAUUCAGAGUCAUGGAAGAAGGCUGUUCUCUUGGCAGUUCUGGCAUAGGGACGAAUUCCAUGCCGCUUGUAAUCUGAAAAGGCAUCAGUCCCAUACUACUAUGCACCACAUUAUUGUAAGCCUCUUCUGUGAAAGGAAGCAAGUCAGCCCAAUUAUCUUGCUGGUAAUCCACAUAACAUCUGAUGUACUGUUCCACCAUGGCAUUAGUAUGUUCCACGGCUCCGUUCGUACUCAGAUGGAAAGCCAAGCUAAGCCCCUGAGAUGACCUAGUGGACCUCAGGAACUCCCUCCAGAACUUAGCGGUGAACUGAACUCCUCGAUCAGAGAUCACCCGUCGCAGAACUCCAUGCAGCCGGUAGAUCUGUUUGACAAACAUCUUGGCUAAUCUCUUAGCUGAGGGAAGUCCAGAACAAGGAAUAAAAUGGGCCUGUUUGGAGAACAGGUCUAUCACAAUCCAUAUUAUAGUAUUCCUGCCACUUUCCAGGAGCUCUAUUAUAAAGUCCACAGCUAUUUCUUCCCAUGGGCAGCUGGACUCUGCUACCUGUUGAAGCAAACUGGGAGGCUUCCCCAGUCUUGUCUUAUUGCUGGCACAUGUGGCAUAACUUUUUACAUAGUCCUCCACAUCAGCUUUCAUCUUUGGCCACCAAAACUGCAGUCUAAUCAGAUGAAAGAUCUUUAGAAAUCCAAAGUGACCAGCCAAUUGAGAAUCAUGGCUACGUUGGAGCACCAGGAGUCUCAUGCUGUUGGGGAUGUAAAUUUUUGAACCUUUCCAAGCUAGUCCAUCACGGAUCGUCAAAGUGUCUCAAUUGUCAGCUAGCUGUGGAUCAAUAGAUAGUGCAGCAGUUAGCUUCCCAUUGAUGGGAUCAGUUCGCCUGCUGGCCUGACUCUGGGUAGUGACUUGUGCCGCACUCUGUGUGUCUGGGAUGAUGGCAUGGAUGACGUCCUCCCUCUGGCUGUUGUAUUGGGGUUGCCUUGAGAGGGUGUCUGCAAGCAAGUUCUUCCCCCCUGGGAUGUAUUUCAGCUUGAAAUCAAACCGUUUGAAAUACUGUGCCCAGUGGACUGGUUUGGGGGGAAAGCCUUCAUGGGGUCUUUAAGGCUUCGAGGUUUUUAUGGUCUGACCAUACCUCAAAGGGGAUCUUGGCUCCCUCUAGGAAGUGCCGCCAUGAUAGAAGAGCCCAACGAAUAGCAAAGGCUUCCUUCUCCCAUACUGCCCAUCUCCAUUCAGUGUCUGUGAAUUUUUUGGACACAUAUGCACAAGGAAGCAGCCGUCCUUGGGGGGGUCUUCCUGGAGGAGCACUGUUGCCACUGCAACGUUGGCGUCAGCCUGGACAAUGAACUGCCUAUCUGGGUCCGGGUGCUGAAGGAUGGGCUCCUCUGCAAACAGCCGUUUCAAGCUUUCAAACACUUUUUGACAGCUUAGCGUCCAGGCUAACGGCUGCAUUGGCCGUGGCUUUGAAGGAGAGGGUCCUGUCUUUAGCAGUUCGGUAAGCGGCAGUGCCGCUUCCGCGAAGGCUGGGAUGAAUUGCCGGUAGAAGUUAGCAAACACCAGAAAAUUUUGCAGCUGUUUCCUGCUGUGAGGGGGCUGCCAGUCAAGUAUGGCUCGCACUUUCCCGGGAUCUAUCUCUAUGCCUUCAUUCGACACUCAGUAGCCCAGGUAGUCCAGAGAAGUUUUGUGAAACUCACAUUUGGAUAACUUUGCAUAAAGUUUUGCGGCUAACAGUUUCUUUAGUACUUGUCUCGCAUGUUCUUCUAAUGUCUCACUGAAUAUGAGAAUGUCGUCCAAGUAGACUAGAAGCCCCUUGUAUAAGUGUUCUUGCAGCACUUCAUUAAUCAAUUCUAUGAAUACAGCAGGGGCUCCUUGGAGACCAAAGGGCAUGACUUUGAAAUGGGCAGUUGAAAACAGUCUUCCAUUCAUCCCCUUCCUUUAUGCGUACUCUGUAGUAGGCUUCUCUCAAGUCAAGUUUAGUAAGCACUUUGCCUUUUGAAAGAUAGUUCAGUAGGUCUUUCAUCAGGGGAAAGGGGUAGGUGUUUUCCACACAUACCGCAUUUAUUCCACGAAAAUCCAGCACAGUCUCAUCCCCCCAUCUUUCUUUUCCUUAAACAGCACCAGGGCAGCUACUCUGGAUUUUGCAGAUUGGAUGAACCCUCGGGCUAGAUUAGUAUUGAUGUACUUCCUCAGCUCAGCCAUCUCUUUUGGAGUCAUUUUGUUUUUUGAAAAAAAUUAUUUUUUAAACAAAACAUAAAACAAAUCCAUCAUCCAUUACAAAUACAAACAGUGUGUCAGUCGGUUACAGAUCUUUUGUGCAUCAUCUUCCUAUUCAAAAUUUACUAAUUAUCUAGUUUCUCAUAUUGUCAAACAAAUCAACAUCCUCAUUUAUCAUUUAUUUAAUUAUUGCAUUGUUGCUUCAAAAAGUUUAUUUUCAAAUAUUAUAUUUAUAACAUUCAUGCUUCAUAUUUCAUUUCCAUGUUUUAUUAUCUAACCAUUGAUAAAAUAAGUCCCAUAUCUUGUAAUAUUGUUUAUCUUCUUGUUCUCUAAUUUCAAAUGUCAAUUUACUCAUUUCAGCACAUUCCAUGAUUUUCUUAAUAAUUUCAUCUUGCGUUGGUAUUUUCUCAUUUUUCCAUUUUUUAGCAAAUACAAUUCUAGCAGCUGUUAAAACAUUCACAAUCAAAUAUCUCGAUUCUCUAUUGUAUGUUUCUGGCACAAUCCCUAAUAAAAAUAUC